GUGUAGUUCGAAGCGAACCGAAACCAUUUGUUUGCCAAUCUACCAACACUCGCCAUCGUAGCAACCCCCGGGGAAAGCGAAAUGGAUUUUACUGGAAAAAUCGUAAUCAUUACGGGCGCCAGUUCCGGCAUUGGUGCGGCGACGGCCAAAUAUCUGACCGGGCUUGGUGCCACCUGCGUUCUGGCGGCUCGCAGCGAAGAAAACCUCAAGUCCGUCCAGCGGGAAUGCAUUGCCGUCGGUAAGGUGGAACCAUUUCUCGUCGUUACGGACGUUACGCGGCGCGAGGACUGUGAGAAGCUGCUCCGAUUGACCAUCGCCAAGUACGGGCGGGUGGAUGUGCUGGUAAACAAUGCCGGUAAGGGGGCGGGUGGUAGCAUUGAGGUCGCCGAUCUGGAACAAUUCGAUGACAUCCUCAACACGAACCUACGCUCGGUGUUUACGCUGACAAAGCUGGCCGUACCGCAUCUGAUCGCGUCCCGGGGUAACGUGGUGAACGUGUCGAGCGUUGCCGGUACGAACUCGUUCCCGAAUGCGCUUUCCUAUUGCGUCUCGAAGGCGGCCCUCGAUCAGUUUACUCGCUGCACCGCGCUCGAUCUCGCUCCGAAAGGUGUUCGGGUAAAUUCCGUCAAUCCUGCGGUCAUCGUGACGGAGUUCCACAAAACGCUCGGUAUGGACGAGACGGCCUAUGCCGCCUACCUGAAGCACUGCGAAUCGACGCAUCCGCUCGGGCGCGUCGGUAAUGCGGACGAGGUGGCCGCAUCGAUCGCAUUUCUGGCCUGUGACAAGACGGCCAGCUUCACCACCGGUACCUGCCUGUGCGUGGACGGUGGCAAGCAUAUUCUAACGCCACGAUAAAUGCGCUCUAGCGGAGCUCCAGAGUAGCCAGAGUAGCCAGAGUCCAGAGCGUGUCCAGUAACGAGUCAAUAAAGUCCGCGAAGACUUGCCGAGUCGGGAAUCGA